CUCUCCUGCUUUCACUUCCUUUCCCUCUGUUUCAUUCCUGCUCUCCGAGACGAGGAUUGCUUCAUUUUGUUCUCAACUUCCAACGGGUUGGGUUGUCUCGAGUGGAAAGUGGCUUUGCAAAUAACGACAUACACAACUAUUUAUAUUGUGCAGCAGCAGAAACGAGUGGACUGGACUAGGUGACAAAUCCCGGGUGGCAGAAAAACCUCUUGAUUACGGACCGUUUUGAAGCAAGAAAUAAAUCCUAAAGAAGUGGACACCGUGUUGCAUCCGCAGUUGGAUUGAUGUCUGAAGCAGUGGAGGAGGAGGACAAAGGCAAAUUGAUGGUCGUGAUAUGAUUUGGAGCACAACUUCAGCGCAGUUCAUCCUCAUUGGCAUGGCCGCCUUUUGCAUUUCCUUCGGAGUUAUUUACUCUGUCAUCCACUGCUACAAAUCUCGAAGGAAGUCCACCAGCUCCGAAGAAACUGAACGACUUCGCGAUGAGCUUUUGCGAAACAAAAUCUUACCGAGGCGGAAAUCCACUUCGUUAACGAGUCCUCCGUUCAGCGAUUCGGUGGUAAAUCCCAACUAUAAUGCGUCACCGUACAAAGUACCCACACGACACUUGCGAUCCACAUCUGCCACCUACAGCCCCACACAUUACCUGAGCCCACACCAUCGCAGGAACAGCACGCCCACACAAGUCGCGUCCGCCUGCUCAUGUUGCGGAGCUCCCAGAGGAAUUAGCAAAUCCAAAUCUUCUGCUUCUGCCGAGCAUUCAAUUACUCCUUCAUUGUCGUCAUCAACCCCACCAGCAGGUCCUCCUGAAACGAUUAAUUGUUGCUGUAACAGCAAGUCACCGGAUGGCAAUGACUUUCACCACCAAGACGACUGGGAAGAUAAUACCGACUUUCUCUCCACUCAUAAAUGCAGAUUAAUUCCGAUUAAUGCUAAAUCCAGGCCAAAGUCGAAGCUGAUCUUUGACAAUUCGGAUGAAUAUCGACACCAGAAUCAAAAAUCGUUUAGUUUCGGACCCAUCCCGGCCGCCCGGAAGGCAAGAUGUGCAACAGGACAAGCUAAUUCGCAGAAAAGUCCGGCAUGCAACAUCACUUUCACCACACCGACUUUCACCAUAACACAGACAAAUUUGAACACGAAAGAUUGUCCCGAUUGGGAAGAAAGGCAGCCACUUCUCGCUGGGAAAAAAGUGAAAGAGGAUCCGCAGAAGGUGGAGAAAGUUGAAGGAUUUAGCCAAGAGAAGAGUGAUGACAAUGAUUAUGAAAAGGCUGAUGAUGACAGUUUGACUAAUUGGAAGACUUGUCCCAACAAUAAAAAGGGCAGGACGAACAAGCUUGACUUGCUUAAGAAGGAAAACAUGGUAAUGGAAGAGAUUCCGUAUUACGUGGAAAAUUUGGGGGUGGCGGAAUGCAAUUGAAUAGUUGGGCGAGAUUGAUUGCAUUUUCUAUUGUUUUAACACUUUGUUAAAUACUCUAAUCGAUCUUAUCCAAUUUGUUUAUCUGAUCAAAUAACAUGUCCAUUUUCUCAAACGAAAAAUUUAGCGUAGAUAUGUAGAUACAUAUGUAUGUUCGACUCGAUGGCUAAUUACCAAAUUGUCGAAAUCACCACAUUUUUAAUAAUUUCUCCGCUCUGGGAAUUUAUUUUAAAAUUUUGUAGACGACAAAUUUGUAGACAGUAAAUUGAUUAAUUGGAUUGCGAUGAGUUUUUUAGGCCAGUUUCGACGAGUUCCAAAUUUGGGAUCUCCUCUUUCAAAAAGUAUCAAAAUUAGGAUUGUACAUAUUUUUUUAUUUGGCAAGGACCUGCUCUACAAAAUUUGUCGUUCAGAAUUUUAAAAUAAAUUCCCAGGGCGGAGAAAUUAUUUAAAAUGUGUUGAUUUUGAUUAUGAGUCAUCGCGUAAUAAGUUAACAAGUUGUUUAUUGUAACAAAACCGAAAUACUUAUGUUAUUAAGCCAAGUUUUUAUUAUGAUUUUGUAUAAAUUACAAGUUUUGAAAUUAUUCUCGUACAUAUAUAUCGUAUACAUGCGGGUUGUGACAUUUCCAGCGUCUUUUUUGAAUCUCGUAGUAUUGAAUUAAAAUACACCAAAAUAUCUGUAGGAUGAUAUGUAAAUUAGUCAUAUUAUACCAAAAUUGUAUCAAUGUUUACUUGAGCUUGACUGCGAUGUUGCAUCAUAAACUGGUAUGUACCUCUACCUUCCUACCUAAAUUUCAACCCUUUCAAAUCACAAAAAAACAAGGUUGAAACAUAAUCAAUCCCACAAAAUGUAUGUAGCUUCUAUUAGAAAAUUAGUAUGUGUAACCGGUAAAAUUGUAUUUAGAAUGGUGGGUAAGUAAUUAAAUUGUCGUAUUUGUAUAAUACCCUCCAAAGUAAAUCUGUGAAACCAGAGUGUGAUAUUUUAUGUAGAGGUAACUAUGUAGCGUGGGUGGCUGGGUGUCAACGUCAGGCACAAAAGUAUUACCCAACUUAUGUAUGUACAUUGUAGUCUAUUGUCUUGUCGUAUUAUGUAAAUUGCGUGGUAAAUACCUGUUUCCUCAAAUCCGAACACAAUGCGUGUCACUUACUUGUUGUGACCGACCACAAGUGGCCGCGGAUGGGUGUGGACAGAGGGGCAAUCGGUUAUUCGAUGUCCCCAUCAUCUCCCGACCUUAUGUAAACCCCUCCCUCCCCUAUCCAACAAUGUUAGCAUCCCCAAAUGUCCCCACGGCUUCCGCGGCAACUGGCUGAUUGGGUACGUGGGAAGUCCUUCUUGCCCAUGAAAAUGUUAUUUUACUUGUAACUCUUUUUUUCUUUUAUGGUGCUUAUGUACAUAUAUUAAUGCAUGUAUUACUAUUAGGAAAGUCUUGUUAAGCAACACAUACAUAUUCAUGUAUACUUGCUACUUGUGUAUUCUUGUAAUUUAUGUAAAUACGUUGUAGAGUUUCAUUUCUCACAUAGACUGAUUUUUCAAUCCAAUAAAUGUUUAUAAAAAUGA